GGAAGAGGUUGGGCGAGUAGGGCGUGGCGGAGCGGAGCGUACCUCGGGCGUCCACCAGCGGGUGCUGUGCGCCAUGCGCAUGCCCUUCCAGGCCGUGCUCUUUCCCGCCACUGGCGCAAAGGCCGCCGCCUCCGCAUCGCACGGCGCCCAUUCCGCGUCCAAUGCGGGCGCAUCAUUCCGAGCUUGAAUGUCUGUGAUGUCCCACGGCGCCCCCUCCGCAUCCCACGGCAUUCCAUGGCCGUUGAUCCCAGUAUUUUCCGCGCUGCCGUGAAUCAGAGUUGAUCCGCAUUCGACCGCCGAUGUCUUGGCGUGGCAGUCACCAUAGACAACCGUUCCGCCGGGACAAUCGUGGAAUUGCCGCGAUCGCUUCCGCGGUGCGGCUGGCAAACCCGCCAAGGGGCUCAUGUUGGCGGUUAAUCUCUCCGUAUACGCGCCUCUAGAGCGAUAGUCUGUGCGUGUAAUACGCGUGGUGAAGAAUGCGACGCGUCAAUAUGGCUCUCCCGCGAGCAACUUUGAAGUUGUUGAUUGCUUGAGGGAGGAAUUCGCGCUAGGAAUCUGGCGCUCGCUUUCGAAGAUUUGUGAUCCUUCCAACUGCAUGUUCUCACUUGA